GUUGGGGAGGACUCCGAAUGGGUCGCAGCCGCAGCCGGUCCCCGCGGAGGGAGCGUAGGCGGUCCCAGUCCACCUCCCGAGAGAGAGAACGCAGGAGCCGAGAAAGGUCCCGGUCCCGAGAGCGAGAUCGGAGAAGAAGCCGCUCUCGAUCUCCUCACAGAAGACGUUCCAGGUCCCCAGGACGACAUAGAUCCACAUCUCCUUCCCCUUCUCGACUAAAAGAAAGAAGAGAUGAGGAGAAGAAAGAAACAAAAGAAUCAAAGAGCAAAGAACGUCAGAUAACUGAGGAAGACUUGGAGGGCAAAACAGAGGAAGAAAUAGAAAUGAUGAAGUUAAUGGGAUUUGCCUCCUCUGACUCCACAAAAGGGAAAAAGGUGGAUGGCUCUGUAAAUGCCUAUGCCAUAAAUGUGUCUCAGAAGAGGAAGUAUAGGCAGUACAUGAAUCGAAAAGGUGGAUUCAACAGACCUUUGGAUUUUAUUGCAUGAGAAUUGAAAUAUUGAAGAAUGAUUUUUUCCCCCUCAUCUUGAUCAGAACAGUAGAUUUUGUAUUUUAUAUUUAAUAUGCAUCAAAAAUAGGAUCACAGUCCCUCCUCCUUGUAAAGUAAGAAAGUUUUAUU